UUUCCUGUAAAGUUCCUGUUCCGAGUCUGGGGGCUUCUUUGCUUUGCCUCCUCUGAGACAGGAUCCCUCAGACCCUCUUGCGCUUGGUGGCAGUGACAGUGUCCCAGGGCAGCAGAGUCAUGGAUCCCUGAAAAGUGGCCGGGCCUCAUUUCCUUCCCCAACCCCGAGAUUUCCUCAUCUGCCACACCACUUCCGGUGGGCGGGAUGUGUGGACUGGCAGGCAGGCCAGCAGGCUACGUGCCAUGGAGCCUUGGAGACUGAUGUGAAGCAGCAGGUCACCAUGCAGAAGGCGAACUUCAAAGACAAGUGCCGGGGGGAGCCGGGCAACAGCAAAGACACCGGUGAUCCUGAGUAUGAGAACAUCACCCUGACCUUCCGAGAGCGGGACCAGCCCAAGGGCAGUCAUCCAGGACCCAUGAAAUGCGCCCCUGCCCAGCCCAAGUCACCUUCGGGCAGUGCCCAGGUCCCUGCGUGGCUGCAGCGGUCCAUCAUGAGCCUGUACGUGCUCCUCGCCCUCAUGUUCCUCUUCUGCAUCAUCCUCUCCGCCUUGGUCUUGGUGAAGAACACUGAGAUGUCCAGGGAGAUGCUGCACUUGAGAAGGGAACUUUCCAAUGUCUCAAACUCGGCGUUGGAGUGCCAGGAAGAGCAAAGGAAUGGCUGGAGCAAGGUCCACAGUGACAUCGAGAAAGCCACCAACAGCAUCACCAAGGCCUUGAAUCCUAUCGAUACUAAGAACCAGCAAGUGCUCACAGAAAUAACAAAAAUCACACAGAAGAUACAGAAAAUCCACGAGGCACUGGAGAAGAAGACAAAUGCAGCACCUGCGUCUAAAUAAGAGCACACGGCAGUCACAGUUUGGAGGACAGGAUUCAUGACUGCUCAGGCGAUGGAGCAUGGAUGGGUUCCCCAGCCUAGUUGAACCUGCGCCUCGUUCUAUGGCUGGAAAACAAUGCAUCAGGGUGAAUGAGGGCUGUGGCGUUGUGCAUGUGUGUGCCUGUGUGUGUGAACAUGAAAGAGCACUUUAUGCAGAAUGUCCCUGCAUCCUAAGGAAUGGGUGUGAAUGUAUGUUGUGUCUGUGUCAUUACAUGUGACACACACGUAUAUGCCAUGACAUAUGUGAGCACAGGUAUUUCUCAGUGGGUGUCUGUGUAAGGACCCCACUAGUGUGUGUGUUGGUGCUAUGUGACACCCCUCUCCCUGUCAGCACACACAGCUAGGAGCACACUGUGCAGCUCACUCGGGUGUCGCCAUGUCUGCCCUGUCCCUCCCUGUGCCUGUGUGAAUGGGUGUGUCCGACUAUGUCAUCCUGUGUGUUCAGAUCACACACACACACAGGAGUGUGUAUACUUAUUCCUGAACUCACGCUUUGUGACUAAUAAAAAAAUAAAAAUGUAUGGAAAACAAUGUGGUUUUUGACCUG